CUUUCACUACUCACAAUGAGAAGAAACAAGAAAAAAAGCAAAAUAAAAAUAAAAAUACCCAUCUGACUUGUACUACUACCAUUUUCGUUCAAUACUAAACGCGCAUUAAUCCUCCUAUUCCUUCUUCCCGCCGCCCUUUAUUUUAUUUUUUUCACUAACUUUCUAAGAAAGUCUCAUAGAAAAUCUUGUUCUAAAAAAUAAACCAACAAUUCACGUAUAUAAAGAAAAGAAAUAAACUUAGUAUUAUUUUCAUUGUAAGGAGCCAUUUUCAAGAAUGGCAGUGUCAAAAUCCAACAAGAAGAAACAGCAAUGUUACAUAGCAGUACCAUCACAGAUAAUAAAUUCAAUUUCUUCUUCAGGACUUCAGUCUUUGUUACUGUCUCCUAAGAGAAAAAAUCCUUCUUUUUCUGUAAAGCUUAAACUUUUGCUCAAUAAUCCAAGAUUUUGGGUUUUGUUUCUUUUUGUUUUUGUUUUUGUUGGUAUGUUAAAGAUGUGGUUUAAUUUUGAUACUUUAGUUCCUUUUUCACAAAACCCAUGUGGGAUUUUUCAAGAAAAGGGGUCAUUUGAAAAUGAGCAGCAAAGUUCUCAGCUGAGUGCUGGAGCUGUGAGUGUUGGGAAAGAGGAAAAUGGGGAUGAAAAGAGUGAGUUUUGGAAACAGCCUGAUGGGUUGGGUUAUAGGCCUUGUUUGGAAUUCAGUAGAGAGUAUAGGAAAACAAGUUUGGAUAUUGUUAAAGGAAGGAAUAGGUACUUGAUGGUUGUGGUUUCUGGUGGAAUGAAUCAGCAGAGAAAUCAGAUUGUUGAUGCUGUGGUGAUUGCAAGGAUUCUUGGUGCUGCUCUUGUUGUUCCCAUUUUGCAAGUUAAUGUCAUCUGGGGUGAUGAAAGUGAGUUCUCCGAUAUUUUUGACUUGGAUCACUUUAAGGAAGUAUUAGCAAAUGAUGUAAGAAUCGUUUCAUCACUUCCAUCCACACACGUGAUGACUAGACCUGUGGAGGAGAAAAGGACUCCUCUCCAUGCCUCUCCUGAAUGGAUACGUUUACAUUAUACUAGAAAGAUUAGGAGGGAUGGUGUUCUACUUUUACGUAGCCUUGACUCGAGGCUUUCUAAGGAUCUUCCUUCUGAUCUUCAAAAACUUCGCUGCAAGGUGGCAUUUCAUGCUUUAAGGUUUUCGCCAUCAAUCUUAGAACUCGGUAACAAACUUACUGAGAGGAUGAGGAGCAAGGGACCAUAUGUUGCGCUUCAUUUGAGAAUGGAAAAAGAUGUGUGGGUGAGGACUGGAUGUCUUCCUGGUUUAAGCCAUGAGUACGAUGAGAUGAUAAACAAUGAGAGGAAGCAAAGGCCCGAACUCUUAACUUCACGUUCAAACAUGACCUAUCAUGACAGAAAGCUUGCUGGUCUCUGCCCUUUGAACGCUUUGGAGGUUACAAGGUUGCUCAAAGCUCUGGGAGCACCAAAGAGUGCGAGAAUCUAUUGGGCUGGAGGAAUUCCGUUGGGUGGAAAAGAAGCAUUGCAACCAUUGACAAAUGAAUUCCCUCAAUUCUUUAACAAAGAGGAUCUUUCAUUGCCGGGGGAACUUGAGCCGUUUGCAAAGAAAGCAUCCCUUAUGGCUGCUCUUGACUACAUAGUGUCUGAGAACAGCAAUGUUUUCAUGCCAUCUCAUGGUGGAAACAUGGGCCAUGCUAUCCAGGGACAAAGGGCCUAUGCAGGGCACAAAAAAACUAUCACUCCCAACAAAAGAAAAAUGCUUCAACAUUUUCUGAACUCAUCACUGUCUGAGACAGAGUUCAACGCAAUUAUACUGGACUUGCAUAGAGAUUCCUUAGGUCAGCCAGAAUUGAGGAAAGCAGGAAGGGACGUGACAAAGUACCCUGUCCCAGAGUGCAUGUGCAAUGGUACUAUGAACCAUUCGUCAAUGUAACUCCUUAUCGAGGAAUAACAUGUGCCGAAGCACAAUCUUCUGCAGCUAAUCACACAUUCUUACAACAUCGUGAGAAUUUUGGAUUAGCCUCACUGUGAUUCUGACGAGCAGACUGAGUUACUUGAGGUGCAAUACUAUUUUUUCGACUAUGUUUGGAAGCAAACCCUUGGUGUGAACAUGACUCUGAUGCAAGCUGAACUGGGAAGAUAAUUCUCUGAUACAUAAAGCAACAUCUUAUACAAGUCCAAUUCCUAUUUCUUACUAUAUGUUAUAAUGUUAAAAUGAACCAUAGUUUCAUUUUAUUCAUUCAUUCUUUAGAAAAUGUCAAUGUAAUAUAUCAUAGUUGAUGUAUAUGUAAUAUAUGUAUUAAUGUAUAUAAUCAUACAAAUUUUUUGAGGUAUACAUGCCAUUCUGUUUGUAUUUC